CAAAAUAAUGCCUUUUGUAUUAUCCGUCCAACCUGUCCGCCAAUCACGAUCCAAAUAUUUCCUCAGUCCCUCACCGGCUACUGGCGAUAGCCGGUUCCCCUCCCCCCUCCACGAGCUCCAUAUAAGCGCCCUCUCUGGUGAAAUGUGGAGACCGGUCUUUGUUGACAUCCGCGAGCGAGCGAGCGAGUGAAGAAGCCCCAUAACACUCCCCACGCCAAACCGCCGCCGCCGCAGCCAGCCGCCGUCCGUACGCCGGGAAAGAUGCCGAUCAGGAACAUAGCCGUCGGCCGGCCCGAGGAGACCUACCACCCCGACGCCCUUAAGGCGGCGCUGGCCGAGUUCUUCUCCACCCUCAUCUUCGUGUUCGCUGGCGAGGGCUCCGGCAUGGCCUUCAACAAGCUGACGGACAACGGCUCCACCACCCCCGCCGGCCUCGUCGCCGCCGCGCUCGCCCACGGGUUCGGCCUCUUCGUCGCCGUCUCCGUCGGCGCCAACAUCUCCGGCGGCCACGUCAACCCGGCCGUCACCUUCGGGGCCUUCGUCGGGGGCAACAUCACACUUCUCCGCGGGAUCCUCUACUGGAUCGCCCAGCUCCUCGGGUCCACCGUUGCUUGCUUGCUCCUCAAGUUCGCCACCGGCGGAUUGACUACGUCAGCGUUCUCGCUGUCAUCUGGGGUGAGCGUGUGGAACGCGUUCGUGCUGGAGAUCGUGAUGACGUUCGGGCUGGUAUACACUGUGUACGCCACGGCCAUCGACCCGAAGAAGGGCAACAUCGGGAUCGUAGCCCCGAUGGCCAUCGGCUUCAUCGUCGGCGCCAACAUCCUGGCCGGGGGUGCCUUCGACGGGGCGUCCAUGAACCCCGCCGUGUCGUUCGGGCCAGCCCUGGUGAGCUGGAGCUGGGACAACCACUGGGUCUACUGGGCCGGCCCCCUGAUCGGCGGUGGCCUCGCCGGCCUCAUCUACGAGGUCUUCUUCAUCGGCCACUCCAGCCACGAGCCGCUGCCCACCACCGACUACUAGAGGAAGUCGUUGCUCCGCGUCGCUUUGAACAGUCUCUCGACGGCUUUUUCCUUCUUUCCUGGUGUAUUUAUUUUUUCCCCAUGUUCUUCUGAGGAGCUUUCUUCUGUGUCUGGUCGUUGCUUCGUCUUCGUCAUGAUCACCGUUGGUUUUCCCCCUUGAAAAUGCUCUGCUCUGUGAGUCGGUCAACUUUUAAGGCAAGGGGGUGUGGAGGGUGUGGAUUUAUCUUAUUUUGUUCUAGUUGGUUCAUUUCUUCCUUCAC